AUGUGUCUCAUCGCAGUUUUCGUCCUUUUGUGGACGGGACUGACUGUAAACAGCGAGAAACACUCCCUCAUGUACAUCUACACCGGCUUCUCCAAACCUGUCGGAAUUCCAGGCAUCCAUCAGUUCACAGCUAUGGGUCUGCUGGACGGCAGGAUGAUCGACUACUAUGACAGUGAUAUCCAGAGAAAAGUUCCCAAGCAGGACUGGAUGAAAGAGCGACUUCCUGCAGACUACUGGGAGAAAGGCACACAGUCCUGCCAAAGCGAGCAGCAGUGGUUCAAAGACAACAUCGACAUCCUGAAGAAACGAAUGAAUCAGAAUGAUGAUGAUCUCCAUGUUCUUCAGGGGACCGUCGGCUGUGUGGGUGAAACAACUGAGCCUGAUGGCAUAAUAAAGUUUGUCCGUGGUGUGAACAUGUACAACUAUGACAGACAAGACUUCCUGUCCUUUGAUGACGUCCACUCAGUCUGGGUUGCUGCCACUGAUAUAGCAGUCCAGACCAAGAGAAAGUGGAAUGAUGACCAGCGCCUAAAAGAAUACACCAAAAACUACCUGGAAUAUGAGUGUAUGGAUUGGUUGAGAAAGUUCAUGGUAUACGGGGAAAAACAGCUGGAACCUGCCCCUCCACCAGAUGUGCACGUGUUUGCUAAGAACACCAGAAUUGAGUCAAACCUCAUGUUGAGCUGCCUGGUCACAGGUUUCUAUACAAAAGACAUCAUCCUUAUCAUCAAAAGGAACAACCUCAUUGUGACUAAAGAGGAAGGGUUGAUCUCCUCAGGCGUUCGACCAAAUGAAGACGAUACCUUCCAAAGAACAGACAGUUUGGAGAUCUUAAAGAGUGACAUUUCUUCAUUCACAUGUGAAGUCAUUCACAGAGCAUCCAGUUUGUCUGUUGAGAAGCCUUGGUAUCAUAAAGUUACUGAUGGAGGAAACAAUGGAGGCAUUGAUGUUGGGGCGACUUCAGGCCCGCUCGUUGUCCUACUCGUGGGUGUAGCUGUAGUGCUGGUGGUUCUGAAGAAAAAAGGGAAAUUUGCUCUGGUGGUAUGUUUAGGGUCGUUGUCCUGCUGGAAGGUGAACCGCCAUCCCAGUCUCAAGGCUUUUGCAGCCUCUAACAGGUUUUCCUCCAGGAUUGCCCUCAAGGGGCUUGACUGGUCUGGCAUGGUCUAA